ACGCUCUAAAGCUUCCACACAGCUGGUUUAUGCAUCCCAUAACCAAUUCCUAAUUCCAAGACAUCAUAGCAUGGGUGCAUCAGAUAUUCACAAGUACGGCACUGACGAUGGAUGGCACGGAAAGAUUGAAGAAGGCGGAGAGUUUCCGCCUGAGAAGGAUAGGUAUCAUCUCUACAUUGGCCUCUUCUGUCCGUUCGCUCACCGAGUUAACCUUGUCCGCCACAUCAAGCACCUGACUCCCUACAUUACCCUAGAUGUUGUACGGCCAUAUCCCAAAGACGGCGGCGGAUGGCGCUUCCCUGCCUCCAACGAUGAGUACCCCGGCGCUACCGUCGACAGUCUUUUCGGCAGCAAAUUCCUAAGUGAAGUCUACUUCCGGGACGACAAAGACUACAAGGGGAAAUACAGCGUGCCCCUGCUCUGGGACAAGAAGGCCGGCAAGAUCGUCAACAAUGACUCGGCAGAGAUGCUGCGGUGGCUCCCAAACGCAUUCGACAUUUUCUUUAGCGACGACGAUGCGAUUAAGAAAAUCAAUCUCUACCCCGAGCCGCUCCGUGCCAAGAUUGAUGAGAUCGGCCCCUGGAUGCAAUCCUACAUCAACGCCGGCGUCUACAAAGCCGGCUUCGCCCUCACGCAGGAAGCCUAUGAAGCUGGCGUACUCCCGCUUUUCGCGGCACUCAACAAGAUAGAAGCCCUCCUCGCAUCAAUCGGCGGACCGUACGUCCUUGGCAUGCAGCUGACUGAGCUGGAUCUGCGCCUGUACGCCACCGUCAUCCGCUUCGACACUGUGUACGUGCAGCAUUUCAAGACGAAUCUGGGGACAAUACGACAUGAUUACCCGACACUGAAUAACUGGCAUAAGAAUUUGUACUGGAAUGUUGAGGGGUUUAGGGAGAGCACGGAUUUCAAGCAUAUCAAGGAGAAUUAUACGAAAAGUCAUGGGGAUGUGAAUCCGCUGGCUAUCACGCCGUUGGGACCAUUUCCCGAGGUGGAGGAGGGAUACGAUGAGGAUUGGAGGAAGGUGAGGGUGGGCGAAGUCAGGCAUCCGGCUGUGCUGAAAGAAGAAGCUGUAUAGUAGUGCGGAGGCGCGGUAUGAGGUCUCGGGAGGCUUAGGUAUGAUCAUGGAUUUCAGAUGAUGUGUUAGUCGAUAUUUCCAUGAGCAGAAACGCGACGCGGUUUUUUUGAGAUCUGCUAGGCAGCAGGAGUGGCCAGACGAUAAGACCGCACUACACGGCGCGGCAUAGGGUGUGGGUGACAAGUGACAGGC